UAGGUUCCACCAGGUGACAACAAUACAGACACCUUACCGGAGCGGUGUUUGAAGUGAGCGGUUCAACCGGUUGAGGGCCGGUCUUUUCGACCCUUACCACGUAUACCUGCCACACGACAGCGACCAUGUAGCUCAAAUUAUGCCCAAGAAAAGGAGGUGAAGGUGACAAAAUGGCGGACGACGCAGAGCGUAAGAUAUCGCUUGGCGACCUGGAGAAAAAGACUUCCAUAGACCGAGGUUCUGUACCGACUACAACAGACGAGGACACCGAUACAGACGACAAGGAAAUCGAGCGACACUUGGGAAAAACCACAUCACCAUCUAAAGUACAACGUAACAAAAAAGGACUGAAACUUGAGGGUCUGACCCAAGGGUUAUCGACGGUACAAUACGAUGUGGAGAUGGUAGAUAGUAGGUCCGUCAGCCCCUGUUCUACCAACAAUAGUUCCUUCCGCUCUGAGGAUGCCCCAGGUGGACGUCUGCAGGUGCCUGACCAGAGAUCCUACACAGGGAGUCACUCCAGCCGAUCGGGCAGUCACAGUGCCAGCGAGCGGUCAGCCAGCCCGCAGAUAUCCUACGUUCGAGACAUCGGCUUAACCGCCCCUGCGGACGACAAGGAAGACGCCAGCGAAGACGUCACUCAGGAGUUCACCUACGAGAAGUUUGCGAAUGCUAACUACCGAGAGGGCACCAGGGUACACAGGCAGGUUGAACCGCUGCAAGAGCCACUCAUGCCUUACAAGACCAGAGAAGACAAACAGGCUGCAGUUGAAAACUUCAUGACGAUACUUCGGUUCAUGGGGGAGAUACAAGAGGAAAGUGAUGACAUCUCAAGAGAGGACAAUGUGUCCCCCAGUGACAGUGUGUCCAGACAGAGUAGUCCGGCACCUGGCUCUCCUACAGUGGACAGCCCUGUCAACCCUGCCCUUAGAAGGGCCCCACAGAUCGACCUGGGGCUGCUCGGACUCACUCCCGCUGAGAUUAAUCAGAUCUGUCUCAUCGUAGGGAACGGAAUCAUUAGUUCAAAUCUCAGGACAGAGAUCUACUGCCAGCUGUGUAAACAGUUAUCUAAGAACCCCUCCAGCAGGAGCCGUGAGCGGGGCUGGCUCCUCAUGUCCGCAUGUGUCAGCUGCUUCCUGCCGUCACAUCAACCCUACUUCCUGAAGUGCCUAGUAAACUUUAUCCUGACUGCGGGAGGGAACAGAGCAUCCUUCUGUGAGCGGAGACUGAGACGGACUCUGGAGAACGGCACCAGGUCUCUGCCACCUUCAUGGUUUGAGUUGCAGGCGAUUUGCACCAUGAAGCCCCUACAGGUGCCAGUAACCCUGAUGGACGGGAACACAGUCAGGGUGCUGAUGGACUCUGCCUCCACCAUACAGGAGAUCACUCAUCAGGUCGCCAAGAAGGUCGGCAUCAGGGACAAGUUCGGCUUCUGUCUCUACAUGACGGUAUCACAUCAGGUGUAUUCCCUGGGAGAUGGUCAUGAGUUAAUAAUGGACGACAUCGCGGAGAUCGAGCUGGGACUGAAGAACGUGAACAAACGAGAGGUUUCCUGGGAACUCUACCUCAGGAAAGAGUUGUUUGCACCAUGGCAGGACCCAAGUGAUGACAAGUUUGCAGCAGACCUAGUCUUCCAGCAGGUGGUUGGUGGGAUUCGCUUCGAGGAGUACAAGUGUGAAACGGAUGAAGACUAUGCAGACUUUGUGUCCAAGUCUUACUACAUAGACAGAGGCAAGCCUGCAUCCAUGGACAGUAUCAAAAACACGCUGCAUUUUUAUCUUCCUGAAGACAAGUUCAAGUCUAGUAAGGAGGACUAUUGGGCACAGCUUAUCUUUGAUACUUUCCAAAAGUUUCUAGCAGAAGACCCAGAGAUGACAGUAGACAAGGCGAAGGCUGAGGUUGUGCGCCAGGCGAUGGUGGAAUGGCCAUUCCUCUUCUCCAGGUUCUUUGUUGCAGAGAAGUUCUGUGGUCCGGGGCCGGACGGAGAGGACGUCAAGCUGCACAACUUGAUCGUGGCUGUGAACUGGCGCGGGCUGUUCCUGCUGAAGGAGGCGCGGGCCGAGAACGGGAAACAACAGCUGCUACUGGAACUGGAGUUCCGCCAUAUCAACAAAGCUGUCUGUGAAAGAGGAGGUGUUUAUGUGAUGGUCCAGACAGAGGACGGAGGAGAGUUUGUGUUUGAGAUGCCAGAUGCUGAGAAGUUACGAGAACUGGUCUCCCUGUUCCUGGGGAAGAACGAAUACAGCAAGGAACUUGAUGCCUUAAUGGAAGCUAAAAAGGCCAAACGUUCCAGACCGCCCCCCCUCCAAAACGACGCCGGUGGUUUAACCUGGCUCCUGCAGCUCCCCCUGACAGCUUUGUGGGGUAUUGCAUCUGGUGUGAGAGAGGUUGUCAGACUCCCCACUCGACUAUUUGACAAGGACAAUCCACAACCCCCUUCUUGAAAGUUUGAGCACUACUACGAAGUAUGACUCACUAUAAACCAAAGAUAACGACGAAACUGUUAUAACAGUACAUCUGAAAGAAUAAUAUUUAACGUUUAUUUUAAAGAGGUACUGUAUGAAGUGAGAUAUCUAAAGUAUGUAGUGUUGCUAAGACAAAUUUGUUCAUAAUUAUAUCUAUCAACUAGACAGGUCACAAUAGUUUAGCCAACUCAGUUUCUAUGAUGGGAUGGACUUUAUAGAAGAUGUCUAGAUUAUAUGAAGUAUGACCACUCGUCAUUUGAAUAUAUGACAGAACCAUUCUAGUCUCAGAUGUCGUAGAUUAUUUUCCUUUCUCAUUUAAUGUCUUCUAAAGACUGCCUACUAAUGUGAGAAAUAGUAGAACUAUCAGUAUGGUGAAAAUGUUGUACACAUUGAAAGUCUAUAUGCAAAGGUAUACUAUAUGAUACAGCAAGUUCAAGAAUUCCAAAGCUCAAAGUAAGGAAUAUAAUAAUUUUAUGGAAUUAUAUAUUAAUCAUUGUUUACUACUCUUUGGUAUUGAUAUCUAUGCUCUAAAAAAUACAAUAUGUCCAUUUUAUUAUACAAGUACUACAGAGAAAUGCCAUGUGGGCAGGCUGUCUUUUUUGUGUGGUGGAAAAAAGCCAUAUUAUAUUAUUACAAGCAUUCUUUGACAUGUUGAACAUACAAAAUGUACAAUGCAGUCAACACUAUUGGCUUCACUUGGUGGAAAUUUGAUCAAUAAUUAAUAGUUUGGAAAACAUUUAUCAGAUUGUUUAAGAUCACAAAAAUAUACCUUUACUAAAAUAUGAAGUUUUAAGAGUUGACACAGAAACGCUUGUAAAGAGAUUUUGAAAUAGUUUUAUUUUCAAAAAAAAGAGUGUACAUUUUGUGGAUGUUAACUUAAACUAGAAUUUGUAUAGAACUACAAUGUACUAUCAAUAUAAGAUAGGAUUGUUGCUGUUAGAAUCUAUUAAAUAUACAAAUGUUUGGGAAUAUAUUGGUUGCAUUAGGAAUUGAAUACACAUUUGUGGUUUGGUAGUUUUAAUAUCAUGUAUAAUCACAUGACAUUGUAAGCUUUGUAACAACCAUAUAUACCGCAUAAGGUGUAUAACAAACGUCUUAUGGCACCAUUAACAGUGUUUUUUUUCUUCAUUUUGACAUCUAAAAAAACUAUGAUAAAUGUAUUUGUAGCAAAAUGUAUGUUUUUCACAUAACCAGUUUAAGAUACUAGAAACAAUAAAAAGGGCUCAUCUGUUUACUUGUAUAAGUGAGUUCAGUUGAAAAAUAAACAUCUAAUUUGUCAAA